GUUUUGUGUGGUUACAUAAUCCAGCGCCGAUGUGACAAGGUUACAAGGGUAGCGAAGGUUUCUUAAAGGAAAGUAACUGAACUGAAAUCGGUUUUUUAUUUCAUCAUGGAAGGACUUGAUUUGUCUUUGCUAAAGUCACUGGAUCGACCAAAAAUGUUUGAUUUUGAAGGCAUCUCUAUGGUGCAUUACUUUACUGAUGACUGGGAAAAUGUUCAAAAGUUCCAGGCAAGACCAGAUGACAUCCUUGUUGCUACUUACCCCAAAGCAGGCACUACAUGGGUUUCAUAUAUUUUGGACCUACUUUAUUUUGGCAGUAAAGAACCAGAACGUCAGACCUCAAUACCCAUCUAUCUCAGAGUCCCUUUCCUUGAGGCAGUUUUGCCUAAGAUACCUACAGGGGUUGAACUAGCUAAUAAUUUACCCACCACACCAAGAAUCAUCAAAACCCAUCUACCUGUUCAACUUGUGCCCAAAUCCUUCUGGGAACAAAACUGCAAGGUUAUCUAUGUGGCUCGUAAUGCCAAAGACAAUGUUGUGUCAUAUUUCCACUUUGAGCGCAUGAAUCAUCUCCAACCUGAGCCAGCAGGCUGGAACGAAUAUUUACAGACCUUCAUGGAUGGAAAGUUGGUGUUUGGACCUUGGUAUGAUCAUGUGUGUGGCUACUGGGAGAAGAAGCAGACAUACUCUAAUCUUCACUACAUGUUCUUUGAGGAUAUGGUAGAGAACACUGGUCGUGAGGUGGAGCGUCUUUGCUCUUUUCUUGGUUUAACUACACCAGCAGAAGAGAGAGAGAAGAUCACAAAAAGCACCCACUUUGAUGCCAUGAAGCAAAACAAGAUGACCAACUACUCCACAAUACAGAUUAUGAAUUUUUCAGUCUCACCAUUUAUGCGCAAAGGUAAAGUUGGUGACUGGAAGAAUCACUUCACUGUGGCCCAGAGUGAGCAGUUUGAUAAACAUUACAAAGAAAGGAUGAAGAACACAACUUUAAAAUUUCGAACACAGAUUUAGGAUGUUGUGAGAGCAGUGGCGGCUGGCGCAAACAAAAUUAAAAUUCAACUUUUAAUAACCACCUGUAAAUAAGAAGUGCUGGAAAAGCACCGAGUGAAAGCUCGGCCGCGAUCACUUGACUGCUGCUUAUUUCUCUAAGAUCAGGUCGAAAUGAACAUAAUGCAGUAAAGUUUUUUUUUUAUUGUAAAUAAAUUAUAUUAAGAAAUACAACGGAAUAUUGUGACUAAAUGACUUUAUUUCAUUAUUAAAAUAAAUAUUUAUGUUAAAUAAUUAUAUGUUAAAGUAGCAUUCUUCUCUGCCUAACUUUAAGGGGAUGGCGCCCCAGCAUCCCUUAUUGACCGGCCGCCACUGUGUGAAAGUUAAGAAUUCUUAUUGACCUGUAUAUUUUGUUCAAUGUCAAUUUAGCUUAAAUUAUAAAUUGCAGUAAAUCAUAUUAACAAUUUAAAUGUUAUAAUUCAUAUAGUAAAAACUUACACAGGCUCUUGUAUAGCAUAAGAUCCACAUAAAUUGAUUAAAAACCAUCCUAAUGAUAAAAUACUAUUGUAAUAAUAUAAUAAUAUAUUGUCGCUGUGACUAUAAAUAACUAUGGAUAUUUUAAUCUGUUGCUGUACAUUACUUACCACCAGAGGUGGACAGAGUACACAGGUUCAUUACUUAAGUAAAAGUACAGAUAACCCUUGCUAAAUUUUACUCAAGUUCAAGUAAAAGUACUACAGUCAGAUGCUUACUUAAGUAAAAGUACUGAAUUACUUGUUUUUAAAAGUACUUAAGUAUCAAGAGUACCAGAGUACAUUUUCUAAAUAAUGUAUAACUUCUGCCACAGUGCUUACAUUUAUGUACAGAAACGUUCUACAUAAAGUACAUCUGAGUGGCUAUAGCUACAGCUGGCAAAUUAGUUGGUGUAUGUGACUUUGACUACCCAAACGUAACCGAGAAUGUAAAAAGCUGCAUUAUCGCAGCUAGCCAAUCAUUUAGUGCAUUUUUCUGUAGCUAGAAUCUAGCUUAGAAAUGUAAGGAAGUUUAUUUCAAUGUACGUACCUUGGCAUGCUUCCACAAGUUGGAGGAUAAAUUUUUGUAGGCGGUGAUGAAGUUCUGUUUUGGUAAACACAGCAAACAUUUGAAGCGAAAACUAUCAUUAACUUGUUCAGAAAAUUUAACUAGUUUGGCGAGGUGGGGCCACGGGUUGGCACAUUCCCAGGAUGGACCUCGCGUUUGAGAGGGAAACAACAAAUUGAGGGUUUCUGAGAUUUUUUUAAUAUAUAUUUUUUAGAAGAAGUAACGGGUACUCACGCUUAUGGAUGGAAAUGUAGCGGAGUAAAGAGUACAAUAUUUGCCUCUCAAAUGUACUUGAGUAAAGUCAUGAGUGCUCCCCAAAAAUGAUACUCAAGUAAAGUACAGAUCCCUCAAAAUUUUACUUAAGUACUGUACUCAAGUAAAUGUACUCUGUCCGGCUCUGCUUACCACAUAAAUUCAAUUUUGAGUCUUUAAAAAAAAACCAUUCUUUUUGUACCAGAGUAAAAAAGUUAAUUUUAUACUCUAUCACUUUGACAUUAUGGGUGACUUACUGUAUUAUAUAAUAAAGUGACCAAAGCGUU